UUGUCCAAGGUGUAUUUCAUUGUUAUGGAAAAAGAGAAUAUCAAAAUCAUGAUGACCAAUUGGAGUGGUGAUGUCUAUGACUUUGUGUAUAUAAUUUGGGAUUUUGAACAAAUGUAGGCCAAUAAGGAAUAUAUGAUAUCAUUUCAUUAUUUUCAAAGGUUUAUUUGCAUGACGCACAAACAGAGACAAUUGAAAGGUACAAAUGUGCAUGACACGGAUUCAAACGUGGUGCAGAUGUGUGUCACAGGUUGAUCUGGCUGUAGGCUGUGGCACUUGGCCAGAGGUGGCGCUGGUUGACUCGACUCCAUGUUAGUGCACAUGGAGUUGUGAAGCAAAAACGCUGAAUUCGGAGAAAUAAACCGUGCGAGGGGAACGAUAACGACGACAAGAUUCUCCCGAUCGUUUACUCUUGCUGUCCUGUGAACAACAUCGGCGUGGUGUUACUUGUUUGCUGUUUUUGCGAUCGCGUCGCGCAUGAGGAUAUCACCAGUUUCCACACAUAAGAGGAUAUAAUCAGAUGUGGAUGUGAAUUCAGCAGCAUGUAUCAGUGUGAGGACAGACAGGAGGGAGACCCUCCCUCUAAAACCACUCUGUGUGGGGAGCAUGAGAGCCAGACCAAAGCGCAGAGGAACCAACCUGGACCUGGACCUGAUCCAAGCUGUUUGUCAUUAAAGAGCGACAACUCCAAGGGUUUUAUUACUGAUUUUAAAGAAGGAAGAUGUUCUGCUGUAGAGAGAUGGGACCAAGAGAGCUCAGAGUCUCCCAGUAGCAAGUCUACCCAGCAGCAUCACUUGGACUCCAUAUUUAUGUUGCUGGAGGACAACAUCACCACUUUUGCCAAGAAUGAGCUGAAGAAGAUCCAGAUGGUUCUCAAUCCAGAUUACCCAGAAUGCCUAAAGAGUCAGAGAGAGGAUGAUGAAGAGCUGGAGAGUGAGGCUAGAGAGCAGAUAAGAACCAGCAGAGAGGCAUUUAUGAAGAUCACACUGAACUUCCUGAGGAGAAUGAAGCAGGAGAAGCUGGCUGACUGUCUCCAAAACAAACAUGCUGCAGUUUGUCAACGUGCACUUAAAUUUAGCCUGAGAGAGAAGUUCCAGUGUGUGUUUGAAGGGACUCCUAAAGCAGGAAACCCAACCCUUCUGAAUCAGAUCUACACAGAGGUCUACAUCACAGAGGGGGAGACUACAGAGGUCAGUCGUGAACAUGAGGUCAGACAGAUUGAAACAGCAUCCAUGACACCUGACAGACCAGAAACAACAAUCAAACUAGUAGAUCUCUUUAAAGCCUCACAUGCAAGAAAGCAACCAAUCAGAACAGUGCUGACAAAAGGAGUGGCUGGCAUUGGGAAAACAGUCUUAACACAGAAAUACACCCUGGACUGGGCUGAAGACAAAGCCAACCAGGACAUCCAGUUCAUAUUUCCAUUCACUUUCAGAGAGCUGAAUGUGCUGAAAGAGGAAAAGUUCAGCUUGGUGGAACUUGUUCAUCACUUCUUUAGUGAAACCACCCAAGCCGGAAUCUGCAGCUUUGAAGACUUCCAGGUUGUGUUCAUCUUUGAUGGUCUGGAUGAGUGUCGACUUCCUCUGGACUUCCACAACACUGAUGUCCUAAAUGAUCCUCGAGAGUCCACCUCAGUGGAUGUGCUGCUUAUAAACCUCAUCAGGGGGAAGCUGCUUCCCUCUUCUCACCUCUGGAUAACCACACGACCUGCAGCAGCCAGUCAGAUCCCUGCUGAGUGUAUUGACAUGGUGACAGAGGUCAGGGGGUUCACUGACCCACAGAAGGAGGAGUACUUCAGGAAGAGGUUCAGAGAUGAGGAACAGGCCAACAGGAUCAUGUUCCACAUCAAGACAUCACGAAGCCUCCACAUCAUGUGCUACAUCCCAGUCUUCUGCUGGAUCACUGCUACAGUUCUGGAGGAUGUGUUGAAAACCAGAGAGGUAGGAGAGCUGCCCAAGAACCUGACUGAGAUGUACAUUCACUUCUUGGUGAUCCAGGCCAAAGUGAAGAAGGUCAAGUAUGAUGGAGGAUCUGAGACAGAUCCACACUGGAGUCCAGAGAGCAGGAAGAUGAUUGAGUCUCUGGGAAAACUGGCUUUUGAUCAGCUGCAGAAAGGAAACCUGAUCCUCUAUGAAUCAGACCUGACAGAGUGUGGCAUCGAUAUCACAGCAGCCUCAGUGUACUCAGGAGUGUUCACACAGAUCUUUAGAGAGGAGAGAGGACUGUACCAGAAAAAAGUUUUUUGUUUCCUUCAUCUGAGUGUUCAGGAGUUUCUGGCUGCUCUUCAUGUCCAUCUGAUGUUCUUCCACUCUGGAGUCAAUCUGCUGGAAGUACAAGAAGCAACAUCCAGGUUUUCUGAAACAACAAAAGAAACACGUUUCUACGAGAAUGCUGUGAACAAGGCUUUAACGGAUCCAAAUGGACACUCGGAUUUGUUCCUCCGCUUCCUCCUGGGUCUUUCACUGCAAACCAGUCAGACUCUCCUACAAGGCCUGCUCACACAGACAGUAAGUGCCUCACAGACCAAUCAGACAAUAGUCCAAUACAUCAAGGAGAAGCUCAGUGAGAAUCUGUCUGCAGAGAAAAGCAUCAACCUGUUCCACUGUCUGAAUGAACUGAAUGAUCGCUCUCUAGUCAAGGAGAUCCAAUGGUACCUGAGAUCAGGACGUCUCUCUGCAGAUAAACUGUCUCCUGCUCAGUGGUCAGCUCUGGUCUUCAUCUUACUCUCAUCAGAAAAAGAUCUGGAUGUGUUUGACCUGAAGAAAUACUCUGCUUCAGAGAAGGCUUUUCUGAGGCUGCUGCCAGUGAUCAAAGCCUCCAACAAAGCUCUACUGAAUCUCUGUAACCUCUCAGAGAGCAGCUGUGAAGUCUUGUCCUCAGUUCUCACCUCACAAUCCUGCAAUCUGAGAGAACUGGACCUGAGCAGCAAUGACCUGCAGGAUUCAGGAUUGAAGCUUCUAUCGACAGGACUAGAAAGUCCAUAUUGUAACCUGCAAAGUCUCAGAUUGACUUCCUGUUGCUUAACAGAGAGAAGCUGUGAAGCUCUGUCCUCAGUUUUCCUCUCCCAGUCUUUUCGUCUGAGAGAGCUGGACCUCAGUAACAAUGACCUGCAAGAUUCCGGUGGAAUUCUACUUUCUGCUGGAUUGAAAAAUCCACACUGUACACUGAAAAGUCUCAGUCUUUCAGGCUGUCUUAUUGCACAGAGAGGCUGCAUUUCUCUGGCUUCAGCCCUGAGCUCCAACCCUUCCCAUCUGAGAGAGCUUGACCUGAGCUACAAUCAUCCAGGAGAGUCAGGAAUGAAGCUGCUUUCAGCUGGACUAAAGGAUCCACUCUGGAGACUGGAAACACUCAGGUACAGAAGGAAUGCCUGAUGCGGGAGGACAGGUGUUUUUACCUUCAGUAUCAAAAAAAUAAAUUGCUGCAGCCUGAAUAUACAAACAUCAAAGAGGUAGACUCUUUAAACAAGAUGCUCUUUUAUUCAGAAAGUUACUUAAAAUAAUCAGCUUUGUGAUUAAAUUUUUUUUUCUGCCUUUCACUAUUUGUGUGUGUGUGUGUGUUAGUAUAUCCUGUUAUAUUGCACCACACUGUGACAUUAAUAAAAAGUAGCUCUAAAUAUAUUAUUAUAUAUUUUAAAAACAUGUCUGUAUCUUUUACAAUCACACUCCUCAGUGUCCUAGUAUUGUUUAUGCCAGGGUACUAAAGAGGAGAGUCCAUCUGUUAGUUGAACAUUGGAUUCAGGAAGAGUCCUUAUUGUGAAACACUUAACCAACUUUUUAUCCUCUCAAGGAUAUUCGAGGGUGCCCAACCAACUUCAUGUGUUUUGUGAUAGGGUCCUUAGGGGUGUCUUGUGGGGGGGGGUAAUUCAUGAGUAUGGUGUCUGGUCCAUUGUUACAGGCCAUGUAGCCCUUGGCAACCAUAGCGAGAACUUGGUUUAUAUUUAAAGUCAGUUGGAAUAAUUUCUGGUGGGCGUUGGACUCAACCAGGGCUAUCCUUUGUCACCAAUUGAGUUUUUUUCUUUUGGCUUCACCGGUUAGUGAACUUCAGCUUGCACUGGAGCUACUUAGAGUCUUUAAACAAGCGUAAAGUGGUGUGAGUGAGAAUCAGCACUUCUAAGCGGAGAAGUUUAAGAAUCUUUGGGUCUUGUUUCAAAGUUAGGGUAGGGGGAGUUAAAAUAAGACUGACAGAUUGGUCUGCCCUAAUCAAUCUGGUGUGAUGAAGAGAAAGUUGGGCAUAAAAGCAAAGCUGUAGAUUUACUGGUCAGUCUAUGUUGGUACGCUCACCUACAGACUGGUGUCUUGGAUACAAGCGUCAGAAAUGAGUUUCUGGCUGGGCUCUCUUUUAGAGUUGGGGUUAGGAAUUUGGUCAUUAAAGAGAGAAUAAUAGUAGAGCUGCUACUUUUCCAUAUCCAAAGGAGCCAGUUGAGGUGGUUUGUGGAUCUGAGGCCUGUUGUUAAAAGAAGAGGGGGUGCUACACAAUGACAAACAUGACCCUAUCACAACUCUUUUGAGAUGUCACUUCCAACAAAAAUGCCAUUUUGUUUUUUAAAUGGUAGACUCCCAGUGUGAACAGUGAAUGUUUUCUUUGUUCUAUUGUAAUAAGACAUAUAAGUUUAUGAGGUUUGCAAAUCACUGCAUUACAUUUUAUGCACUAUAUGCAGAUUGUUCUGCUGGUCCCAACUUUUUUUUUGGAAUUUGGGAUAAAUAAGUCUCCUUGUGGAUUAAGACUUUUAAAAUUGAAAAAAGUAACAUUUCAUGUGAUUUCAGUGUUACGUUGAUGUGUCCUUGUCAAAAGAAUGUGCUGGUC